AAACGCUUUAGUGAAAAUCAAUCCAUGCCUCAUUUCUUUGUCAGCCAGACGCCAGGAAAAACUGAAAAAUCGCCUGGAAAACAUAUCUCAUCGGAACCAAACCACUGGAAAAACAAUAUAAAAAGGACAAAUAACAACUAAAAGAGCAAUAAGCUGGUUUAACACAACACUUGCGCGGAAAAAGUAACUGGAAAAUUGGCCCUCGCCUGUUUUUAGGCCAAGGAAAAAGCGAAGCUACGACGCAAAAGGCGCCCGAAUUUUGCAAACCGGUUUUCGGCGCAGAACAACACCAACAAGAUCCUUCGAGUGGCAAGCGGAAGGCAGCGGAACAAACACAGAUUUAAAGGAUCAAACUAUUAAAACAAAUCACCGGCGGAAUCAUGAACACUGGGAUCUCCCUGAACGAGCGCUUCACGCAGAUGCAAUCGAAGCCACAGCCGCAGAGUCGCGGACGCAGUCGCUCGCGGAGCAGGAGCCGCCGCAUCGUGGACAGCGGCGCCGGGAAUCCGGGCAUUUCGGCGGCCAACUCCCGCCUGCUGCAGGAGUUCAAGCGACGCCACACCGUCCAGACGGCCCUCAAGCUGAAGCGCAGAAGCUUACGGACCAACGCCGUGAGCGGACGUGGAGCCCGCGUUGGCGGCGUCAAGUCGCUGCGCCUGGCGCCCAACGGAAAGCCCAUGCGGUCCAACAACGUGACCCGGGUAGCAACGAUGCGUGCCGAUCUAGUGGCCAGCGGCAUUGUGGGUCGCAAUCGCAGCAGCGGCAGCAGCAACCGUCGCUUUCCCGCCUCCGGCGGAGGUGCAGGUGGUGGUAAUGGAGGCAGCGGUGGCCUUCGUCAGCGACUGGGUCAGCGCAGGCCCUCAGUGGGCGGUGCGGCCGAGCGUGUAGAACGCCGUCAGCGACAGCAGCAGCAGCAGCAUCAACAGCAAGCGUCACGUGGACGUUCCCGUUCGCGAUCCCGGUCGCGCUUGCCGCAACCGCAGCGCAUGGAAAGAGGUCGCUCCCAGAGUCGCGGACGCAGCGUAGGCCGUUCACAGAGCCGUAAUCGCGAUCGUUCCGCUCAACGACGAGUCCCGGUGAAACAGCGCCUCUCGGUCAAGCAUCGCCUUGGCGUGCGUCCUGGCCAGGGAAACAACAACCAGGGCAACCAGGCCAAGAACCCAAGGCAGCGCCGUGCGUCGAGCCAACUUCGAGGCGUUGCCGGCGGACGAGUGGAGAAGCGUCGUAACGGCAAGGUUCCCCAAAAGAAAGGCAUCUCCGCCUCGAUCGCCGGACGCCAGGGACGACCACGCGGAAGAUCUGCUGUCAGGAACGCUGCUGCUGCGAACAACUCUGCACCCGCGCGUCGCUCUCGCUCGCGAAAUCGCGCAGUCGCCGCCGCUGCUGCUGCCGCUGCCAAUGCGACCGCUUCGGGCCGGGCUAAUCCUCGCCAGCGACGUGGACGCAGUGCGGUCGCUGCCAAGGGCAACAACAUCAGCAGCAGCAACAACAACAACAUCAACAACAACAGAAAUGGUAAAACCAACAAAAACGGCAAGGCCAAGGCCAAGGCGGCCAACGGUGGCAAACAGGGCCCGCAACAAGAGGCUCGAAGGGGACGCAGUCGUAGUCGUAAGCCUGCAGGUAAAAGCGUGACAAGUGGCCAGGAGACCAACCGGAUCGGAUCGGAUGGGUAUCGGCACUUGAAACACAACAUCUUUAAUUCUUACAAUCUGCAUUCUAGUUUGAACCCUUAGUUGUAACGCUGUGAUUCUCUCUCUCCUUGUUAGGCAAGCCACAGAGAUCGGAGGUAAAACGCGAGGAUCUGGACAUGGAACUGGAUCAGUAUAUGUCCACCACCAAGUCUGAGAUGGACUACUUGCUUAAGUAAAUUCAGAUCGUUCGGACCAAAUUUAAUAGAAGGAAGGAAGGAAGGAAGAGAAUAAAUGAAAGCUACCACCGGCUAUAGACAGCUUAUGUUUCUCUCAUCGCACUAAGUUACCGCCUAGCUCAUAGUUAUUUUAAGCAUUAAAACAUUAGAAAAGCGCCCACAAAACGCCUCUAAACAUACAAAUGUUCUCGUGUACAUAUGGCAAGCUGUAGAACUAUAAGUAAAUCUGGCCGAUAAAUGUAAUUUUAAUCGCAUUUUCCGAAAUACAAUUUAAUUAAUGCUCAACUAAAAAACAAAAGACAAAGGGUUUCUCAUGGUUUCUCGAUGGAAAAUAUUUUUGUUAAUAUUUGUAGUUAAUGCAUUUGUCAAUUUAUAACAGGAUUAUUGCCAAAGAAUUCCUUCAUUUUCAGUUCAUGAUUAAUAGUGACUAAAUAAGUACUACUGGCGAUAUUGUCAAAUCGUUUGUUUGCUCACACAAAUAUACCAUCAGUUCCCUUAA